CUUCUCUAUUGUUCCUCUUCACUAUUUUAAUUCAUAUUCAUGUUCUUACCUAUAACUCUCACAUAAAGAUUGUUGGGCUGUAACACUUAAAUAUUUAACAAUUUGGACUGAGGUAAUGGAGUUAUAGACUGGCUUUUAAGCCGAAAAAGGCCCAAUGGUUACUGUGCUUCCCAAUCCACAUUUCUCAUAAUUAUAUUCCCAAACUACCCUCUACACAGCGAGCAGAUAUUUGUUCCCUCCCGUUCUUAUCCCACCGAUUAUCUUCUCCGAUGCCUCACACACUAAAUCACUGUUCAACGAUAGCUUUAUCAUGCUUUACAGCACAUUCGGCGCGGCCGUUUUGCACCAUCUCCUCCGUCGGUCUCUGCCGUCGGCAGCCGCACCGGGUGGUUACGAGCACCAUUUUCGGCGGCGGUAUUACAAAUGGGCCAAAUGGCACAAUUAGAAGUGUUAUAUGCAUGGCGAACCCUAGGAGAGUGCAAAUGGUGUCCAGGCAGAUAAGAAGGGAGAUUUCCGACAUGUUGCUCAAGGAUAAGGUUUUGCAGCGCGCGGUGUUGCCAGAGUCUGCCUUGGGCGCCGACCGAUACCUGUCGUCGGUCACUACGGUUUCCGAUGUAGAGGUUUCAGCUGAUUUGCAGGUGAUUAUAUCUGUGGAAGCGGAAUGUACAGGUGAUGUAUUGGGUGUGUUGGAUUUGAUAGAUAUCAGCUUUUGGUUCAAUUGUUGUUUCAAGUCCAAGGAGGUUUUAUGCGUGAUACUUAUGUGCAAGUUGAUGGUUGAUUGGAUUGUAAAUUCAGCUAUUCCGACUGAAAAUAAGAAACAAAAACUUCAGGUUGUCAAAGUGUAUGUAUCUGUUUUUGGAGAUGAAAGAGGAAAAGAAGUCGCUAUAGCAGGGCUGAAAUCAAAAGCAAAGUAUGUACGCAGUCAGCUGGGAAAGCGUAUGAAGUUGCGGCUCACCCCUGAAGUCCGUUUCAUAGAGGAUGAGUCUAUAGAACGAGGAAGCCGGAUGAGUUAUCCUAUAUUUGGUUAUGAUGCUGUUGCAGUUGUAUUGAAUUUUAGCAAAGAAGCAUGUUGGCUAGAAUGUGUACUUGCUAUAUUAGAUAGACUAAAGGAAGAGAGAGAGAGAGAAGCCGCAGAAGAUGGAGAUCAUGAAUCCGAUGGAGGCUAUGAUGAUGAAGAAUGGCAAGACGAUGACAUGGAUGAUGAGGGCAUCAUUUAUGUUGAUUAGCUGUCUAAUGACAUCAGCACAAGAGGAGUUUGAAAUGUGGGUAGGACUCAAAUUCUGGCCACAAGUGUACCAAAGCAUUCAGCACAAUUGAUAGUGAUUUUGGCUUGUUAAUAUGGCUUAAAAUUGUGUUGAGUAUACACAAUAGUAUUUUAUGUUACACAAUAGUAUCAUUUAUCCUAUGGAUAAAUGAUACUUUUGGUCACAAUUGGUGCAAAAAAGUGCAUAAUUAUAUGAUAAAAUGUUGUAUUUUUGUCUGAGUUAUUACUAUUCAAAUAUGAAAUUAUACAUAGU